UCGACUCUCGGCUCACUGGCCGUGUGCUUCGUGUUCUAUCGUGCUAUUCGUGUCGCCUCUAAAGUACUACCGCGUUAUACAGCUAUGUCGUUUUAUCGUGAUAAGGGAAAUGGGCCACUCUAAACGCUGCCUUCCCUUCUCUGUCUAUAGCAUUUCCCUCUUCGACUUCGUGGACGUUUAACGAACGCGUGGUCACGCUUUUCCGAGCUUUCAGCCUUUCAGAGGCGCAUACGAGCACGUGAUGCCUCGCUGCCAAAGCGAUAAAGCCACUUGUCCGUUGUCCGAGAUCACACUCGUGAUUUCAUUCCGUCGGUUUGUCCUUUUAAGCCGCACGACCGAUGUUCGCCGGAUUCGUUAGUCGGGUUCCUUUCGAUUCCGCGAAACCUCCUACGUUCGUCGUUUAUAAUUCACAUGUGCUUGUCCGGCGAUCGUUCACCACUGAAAAUAAAAUGAUAGAUUCGUAUCAGGAAUCAUCACCCAUUAUGGACAUACAUGUAUAUGCGCUAGAAAUGGACUGUCUAAUUAUUAUGAUAGGUCUUAUUAAUCUAAAUAUAACUUCGUGUGAAAAAAGUCUACGAUAUGAUAGAAAUGAGAACAACAUGAACCACGGGCCAAAGAUGGCCUGUCAACGGCGUCAUUGAGUGACUUCG